AUGGAACCUACAUCGGCGAAUCGUCCGAACGCAAAGUAAUCGCGACGAGUCGCCGAAUUAUACGAGGAUCGGAUCUUGUCUCUGCACGACAACUUUGGCUUGCAACAUCUACCGAAUAGAAAAAUCCGUUACAUUCCAUGCCAUAGAAUAGAUUUAUUUGGAGCACGAUACGAUACGACACGAUACGUUGUCGCCGUACUGCGCGCGAGUUCUGUUGGAAGCAAGAAACGAUCGGGUGUCGUGCACCGAGAGACGAAAGCAUCAUGGAAUCGUUUCUUUCCGCGUCGAAAAAAGCUUUGGCGAAUUUGCCACAGCUGCGGAACGUCUGUAUCGUCCUGGGCAAUGCCACCUGCGACCUGGAUUCUGCCGUAUCUGCCCUGGUUCAAGGAUUCUCCGAACAUCUAAACGCGAUCAAGAGGAACGAAACCGAUCUUGUGGUAAUUCCGUUGUUGAAUAUACCGGAGAAAGAAUAUCGCGUAAAGACGGAAGUGGUGUACUUUUUAAACCGCCACGACAUCCCUUCGAAUUUAUUGACGUUUCGGGAUAAGAUAGAUUUGAUAGCAUUAAGGAAAAACGACGUUACGCGGCUGGAAAUCGUACUCGUCGAUCACCACACCCUUUCGGAAGAAGACGCUUUUCUAGCGGACUGCGUGAUCAAGGUUAUCGAUCAUCGACCGCGCGACGCAAAUUGGCCGUGGUCCGGUAAAACCGUUCAAAUAGAGACUGUGGGAAGCUGCGCGACUCUGGUAGCGAGGGAUUUCCUUGCCGCGCAUCCGGAAUUCGUGGAUUCGCUUCUGUCGAGCCUUUUACGAGGUCCGAUCUUGCUCGAUACUUGUAACUUGUCGAAAGAGGCUGGUCGCGCCACUUUGACCGACGUCCAAACGGUGGAAGCCCUCGAACGAAUCGGUUCUUCGAUUUCCCAACGAACCGUCGUGUUCGACGAAUUGCUCCGCGCAAAAACCGAUACGAGUGAAUUGAGUCUCGACGAUCUUUUGAUUCGAGACCUCAAGAUCGCAGCACGAGUGCCGUUCGUUGGAUUGCCUAUGUUAGUCAGGAAAUUCCUCGAGUUCGAAGGAGCGUUGAAGAUUCUCGAACAUUUCGCCGAUAGCAGAGGUAACGCGAUCGUUGUUUUGCUCGGAAUGUUGGUCGAGGGGCACGAGAUCGAAAGAGACGUUGCCAUUUAUUCCCUGGCCGGUAGCGCAGACGCUGAAAAGAUUAUACAAGCGCUUACGCAGUCGACACGGCCAAACCUCGACUUGACCUUCCGAUUAUCCGUUCGAGACCCGAUCAAGCAAAAAUGGUGCUUGGCGUUGUACGACCAGGGAAACGUUCGCGCCACGCGGAAGCAAAUACUACCGAUCGUUCGGGACACGAUCGCGUCGCAAUCUGUAAAUGCAUCGAAACGAAUGUCACGAUCCGACGCGAAAAUGUGCCGCACGCUGCUGACCGUUAUCCCUUUGGCUUGGCUGGUCACCGGCUAUUCUCCAUCCACGGACGAUUCAGCGAGAAAUGUUUUCGGUGAAUGCAUCGUUCCGCUGGGUAUGGAGGAAGGGAAGAUACCGGACCACGCCAUCACGGCAUCCUCUAGCUACGAAAGCAAGUCGGUGGGCCCUCAGAACGCGAGGAUACGGCAAGAAAAGAACGGCGGGGCAUGGUGCCCGAAAGCGCAGAUCAGCGGCGCGAUACGGGAAUAUCUGGAAAUCGACUUGACGAGAAAUCAUCUGAUCGCGUGGACCGAAACUCAAGGACGAUUCGGGAAUGGGCAAGGUCAGGAAUACGCGGAGGCAUUCUUUCUCGAGUACUGGCGUGACACCAAGUGGCAUCAAUACAAGAAUUUGAAGGGUGACAGAGUGUUGCGAGGAAAUAGCAACACCUACCUCGUGGAGAAACAAAAGCUAGAUUUGCCAUUCGUCGCGAGCAGGGUGCGUUUCGUGCCGUACAGUCAACAUCCCCGAACGGUCUGCAUGCGGGUUGAAAUUUACGGAUGCCCGUGGGAUCAAUACGUCGCCAGGUACGUCGCUCCGCGCGGCUCGCGGCUCGGACCCGGAGGGUGCAACCUCGAGGACGCCUCGUACGACGGUGCCGAGACGGCGGAACUCGACUCCGACUCGAUACUGCUCGGCGGUCUGGGCCAGCUGACGGACGGGAUUUUGGGGGAGAUUUCGGAAAUUCUGUCCCCCUCGGCGAGCACCGAUCGGCCCACGAAUUGGGUUGGAUGGUCCGAUCGCGACGCUGUCCAAUUGCUGUUCGAGUUUCAAGAAUCACGGGAGUUUGAGAAUUGCUCGAUCCACGUGGCCCGUUUGCCGGAACUAGGAAUAGAGGUGUUUUCUAGAUUCCGCGUUUGGUUCUCCGACGACGGCGAAGACUACCAAACGUAUCCGGAAAUGUCGCGAACGAUUAGCACAGAGGCCAGCUCGAGCACCGCUGGUGGCGCCGUUCUCUCGACGUCGAUCGCACUGCGAUCCAGAGUCGGAAAAUUUGUGAAAUUGGAACUCGGAGUUGCCGGGAAAUGGCUACUCGUCAGCGAAAUCACUUUCCACACGGUCGCAGGUAUCGAGAACCGCUCGAUCGAUGCGUAUUCGUCGAUCGGUCGGUCGUUUGACGAGGACCGAAAUCAAACUGAAUCGUGGACAAAGUUGUCCGACUCUAUGGAAGGUACGAUAUCCGGUUUCAACGAGACGGAGAUUUAUAAAAUUUUUAGAGACGACGGUUCGACUCUGGACGCUUUUCCCGUUGGAACUUUGCAAACUUACGUUGGCCUUGCCAGCGGACUGCUGACGGUGAUUCUUCUCUUUCUAACUUGCACAGCUCUUCUAAUUAAGCAAAGAGGUCGUAACAAAGUGGCUCUGCUACAAAAGCACACGGUUCUCCUUUGCGACUCGUCCUCGACUGGUAUCGCUGUCAACCCAAAAGACGUGAAACUUCACAGUUCCAUCGUGAACGGACUGUCUCUGAUUCGCAAACCAAUUGUCAUAACCAUGACCACCUCUGACACCUCUGUCGCCCCUGUCGCCCCCGUUGCCCCUGCUGCUUCGACCGUUGAUUCUGCCAGCUCGCCAGCCACGAUUGGUAAUAUAUACGUCGAAACUGACUCGGCAAAGAAUGCGGCGGCGGACCGCUCGGAUCGUCCGGUAGUCGAUGCUCGGUACGAACAGACUCGCCAGAUGGUUCCCGAGGAGAAUUUCAUUCUCGCGGAGGCAAACCGCGCAUCUGCGCGUGCAACCGAUUCGUACGAUUGCAAACGCAAGGUGAAUUCGACGAAAAGCAAGUUGACCGGAAUCGCGCCACCAGUUCCAGCGGCGAUAACGGCUUCUGAACUCAAAAAAGUCACGCAGCAUUCUCUAUCGGGGAAAACGAUUCGAAAGGUGCACGAGGGAUAUUACGCUGCGACGGAUAUAUUGACGAUAAAGAGGAAAGAGCUUUCUUCGAUCGCGAGUCCGUUCACGCCGUUGCAUGUCCGAGAGAAAAGUGGUAAAGUAACGUUGUCGCGUACCGUCGAUACGCACAACGUGCGACGUAUCUCUAGACACAGGUUACGGAUUUUGGAUACGCUCGGCGUGGGAAACUUUGGCUUGGUACAUUUAUGCGAGGCGAAGGGAAUCGCGAAUUUAGAUACGGACUCUAUAGAAAGUCGACAAACCGUGAUCGUUCGAUCUCUGUGGCGAGGUGUUGUUGACUCUCUGCGAAUCGACUUCACGAAAGAUAUGCUUGUCUUGGCGGCGCUCAAAGAUCCACACGUGGCAAGGAUGAUCGCCUUCGUGGAAGAGGAACCGUUUGGAGCUGUAUUCGAAUAUAGCGAAUUAGGGGACUUGCCUACCUUUUUGGAAAACCAGAAAAUCUUAAUCGAGAACGAGACUGCUUUCAGCUAUAGAGAUCGCUUGAACUUUGUCAAACAAAUCGCAUCCGGUAUGAAAUACCUCGAAUCUCGAAAUAUUCCACACAGCGACUUGGCAGCCAGGAAUUGUAUCGUCGGCCAACAUCUGACAAUAAAGGUGUCCGAUCACGCGGUGUAUUGCGGCAAAUAUGAUCACCAUUAUUAUAUGGACGUGUACAACGGAAAAAUUCCUCUUCGUUGGAUGGCAUGGGAGGCGGUUAUAUUGAGUAUGCGAAGCUGUCGAGCGGACGUUUGGUCGUUCGGCGUGACUAUUUGGGAAAUAUUUACAAAUUGCAACGAAAUUCCGUAUUCGGAAAUGACGGUGGAACAAGUUUUCGAAAAUCACAGGCGUUGGUAUCGCGAGGAAACGUGGACUGUAAAUGAGAAUGGAAAUGGUUUAUUGGACUUGGUCUUCACGUAUACAUAUAGGAAUACAUGUAAAUUGUAUCUAAUAGAUUUAUCGUAA